UUGCCCCUGAGCAGGACUAAGCUCUGUGGCAGGAGUGAGCUGGAGGGUCAUGUCUCCUGUGGGAUGGAGAUCUGAUUCAUGUUUUUCUGAACAACAGGUGGGUUUGACUGUGGCAUGCUUUGGGGUAGCUGGCCCUAAUGACCAAUGAGGCUAUUCCAGGUAUGGGGGUUCUGCCUCCUUCUCCCUCCCCAGUCUAUCAGGCUACCAUUUAGGAGUUAGCUGUCUGGCUGUUACGCUCCCACAGAUUCAUUUGCGCUUGCAUGGGUACCACAGCCUUCACACCAGAUGUAAUGUCUGAGACCAAAUGGGAAAGGGUGUCAGGUCACCUCCAUCCCUAAGAGAUCCUGGGCAGCUGGCUGGAGUGCCACUGUGCCAGCUCUUACAGGAUCCGAUAUGUACUUUGUAUUCUUCUGGUCAAAAUGCUUCUUCACUUGGUGUUUUGCCUCAGUAGGGAAGGCAGUGUGCCUUGACCUCUGUAAUGUGGGUCAUGGGAGCCCAUGCUCACUGGUCUUCACCAAGGUAUACUUGGCUUCCCAAAGACUGAAAGUGACAUGAGUGAGGACAGGAGUAAGGCUUCCCUGGGUCUCUGAACAUAUUGAACCACUCAGAGACGGGGAUUCUCAGCUGAUCUAAAAUUGUUACUGCACUUUCAAGUGGCAGGUGGCAGGUGUUAUUAGUUAAUUGUCAUAAUGCAGGCAAAAGAAAUCAAUGUAACUGUAUAGGUAUUUGAUUAAAGUAUCAUGUUGUCUUUAGUAGCUGUAACUCACAAGGAUGGCUGAAAUACAAAACUUCACUUGGGCAGUGGAAGAUAUUUUCAAGGAAACCUUUCUCACUUACAUGAAUGGCUGGAGGAAAAACAUGACGGAAGCAGCAGAUAAAUUGCAAGCCAAGGUUGAUGCUGAAAACUUUGACUAUGUUAUCCUUUAUUUGAUGGUGAUGAUUGGGAUGUUCUCCUUCAUCAUUGUGGCGAUCUUGGUGAGUACUGUGAAAUCAAAGAGGCGAGAGCACUCCAAUGACCCCUAUCAUCAGUACAUUGUUGAGGACUGGGGUGAGAAGUACAAAACCCAGGUUCUGAAUCGAGACGAUCUCAAGUGUGUGAUCCAUGAAAAUUUGGGUGCAAGGGACAAAACAACCCCUGGAUCACCUUGACUUUUUGGAAACACCAGCAAAAAGGACAUCAUAAAGCCACGUGCAGGGAACUCACUGGAAUUCCAAAUAGCUGUGAAACUGUUCAUUACAUUAACAGACAGGUCAAUGCAGAAUGGGGUGCUGAAGAAAUCAACAUUACUGUUUCCCAUGAAGACUUUGGCACAGCUGCUCAGGGAACACCCCAAAAAAUUGCAUUAUUGUGUUUUGCUUUGAUAUUCUGUUCUUCAGGAAA